CUCACUUGUCAUUUGUGUUCUAUAGCUAUUAUUCAGUUUUUAGUUUUCUGUCCAUACUUAAUGUACAUAAAUAGUGAUUAAUAAAAACACGAAAAUUUCAAGUCUCAAUCAAAUCUAUGUAUAGUCCGUCUUUCACGACGUCCGGAGAUCCGGCGCAUUAAUCUAUACAGGUUAGAGCGAACUUCAGCCAAGCAGUCCACGUUGAUACCCCCUUAAAGCCAAAAACCAGUAAGCAAACCAGCCUGUCCAAUGUCAUCCUCUUCUAAAGCCAAGCCCUACAUAUUGUGCUCACCAUCUACGCCAGAAGCUAAACACCAAUUCAACAUGUGGAGACCAGAUUUCCCUGAUUGGUAUUAUUAUAAUGCGAUGCUAACUAACUCCAGCGGACAAUUUGCAAGCACAGUUCAUCCACGACAGCACCGCCACCAACAACAACAACAACAACAAGAUCAACAAGGAUAUAGACCAAGUUAUUCAUAUAUGCCUCGGCAACAGUCCCUGCCUUAUGGCGCUCAGCAUGAGAGACUUAACUAUAAUGGAUUAAACCGAGCACAGGCUGCGACUCAGGCUCAGGCUCAGGCUCAGGCUCAGCAGCAGGCCUGGCUAGCUUAUCAAAAACAGCAAUUGAAGCAGCAGCAUAGCUACAGCUAUUGGUAUGGCUUGAAUCAGCAAUUAGCUGGAAGAACUUAUCGUCAUACUGAUCCACUCAAGCAGCAACAGUCUCAAGGCCAGACGCAGCCAACUAUAAAUUUGCUCGAUAGAAGCUCUCAAUCGGGCAGUUCGCAACAUUCGCCAUAUCCCAAUCAGACCAGCUUGCCUGGCAGCAGUCAGAAUCAUGACAUCUAUUCGCAACUGAGCAGCAGCGGCAGUCUCAAUCGCAUCGAUAGCGUCUCUAGCUUUAAGAAUCAACAUGGCUUGCACAUACGCGAUUCUCAACAUGAUAUGAACACCUAUCAACUCAUUGCGGCACGCAAACUGAAAACGGCAGCAAGCACAGCAAAUCACACGGGGCAGACAGAAGAAGAAGCAAAGCAAAUUGAAGAGGCGCUGAUCAAACAGAAACAGCCAAUUGUCGGCACCAAGCAGCAGGAGAGCCAGUCAAUGCAACCAGCUAACUUAGUUAUCAAGUGUUGCAGGGGCAACAGUUUGCUUAAAAAACUGGGACUCAUCAAGCACCACAAAACCAAAUCCACAGAUUUAAAAAUAUCAAAUUCGAAUAAUACUCAGGAAUGCACUCCGAGCGGCUCUCGGAAGUCGCGCAAAUCAAAUUUCUUCAAACGCAUUUUUCGUGUUAUGCAUUAUCCUUCCACAAAGGUGACAAAUGCAGCGAUCGCACAGGAUCUACGCGAGGAAUUAGAAUUUGAUAAAGUACGCCACAAGCAUUAGAUGAAAUAGUAAGCCACAAUAGUUCAUGAUGAAUGUUAUAUUAGCUUGUUAUAAACAAAAAAUUUUAAAAUAUAAAUAAAAACAGUCAGUAAAGCCAAUAAGAA